AUGCGGCGUUUCCUGAGCAGAAAGGGCCGCUUCUCCCUGCGCCAGAGCAAGUCUGGAGCCCGGAGCGCCUCCAAGGACUUUUUUCUGGGCCUCCCCGCUACCAAUCAGAACUGGCCCGAAGCUUUCGGGUUCCGACUGGGCGGCGCCGGGCCCAGCUACAUUCUGUCCGUGGCGGAGGGGAGCAGCGCCUUCCUGGCGGGCCUGCAACCGGGUGACCAGGUGGUGGACAUCGAGGGCCAGGACGUGACCGACCUCAGCACCCCGGCGCUCGUCGCUCUGGCCCAGACCCUCAAGACGGUUCCGCCCAGCAUCGGCGUGGUGUCCCGCAUUGAACAGAUCAACAUCACUCCCGGUGCGGACGGUCGCUUCGGCUUCACGGUGGUGGGCGACAGCCCCCUGAUGGUGGAGGACUGCGAGGCCGACGGCGCCGCCGCUCGAGGCGGCCUGAAGGCGAGGGACUACGUGAUGGAGGUCAACGGCGUCCCGGUCAAGCGUCACGAGACGGCCGCCGCCGCCAUCAAGGCGGCGCGAGGUCGUCCGCUGCGGCUGGGGGUGCUCAGAGUGGCGGCGCGGCGACCCAAGAGGCUGAGCAGCAGCAUGAGGGUCCUCUCGCAGACCGGAGACAGCGUCAGGGAUAGUCGGGCCCACAAGGCCAUGGAGUUCAACAAGAAGGUGGAGGACGUUCUGGGCUCGGAGCCCGACGCCAAGGAGCGGCUGUUCGACGCCUUGAAGCGCUACGCCGUCGACCGCGACGUGGAGACUCUCGCCGAGGCCCUGCCGGACAUCCUGGCGAGCGAAGAGCAUCGGCAGCUCGUCGAAAGUGUCAGGAUCUUCAUUCCCAAGAAGCACCGGGAGCGUUUCGACGAGGUGGUUUCCCAGAGCCUGAUGAGUCGUUUGAAGGGGGGGCGGAGCUUCAGCGACCCCAGCCGCAGCCACCUGCGCCGCAGCCGCAGCGAGGACCACCCCGAGCACCUGCCGCCGGUCUCCGCGCGCGCCAGUUCCGUGCCGCGCACCCACGCGGAGGAAGGCUCCGCCCCUCCGUCCCGCGGGAUGAGAAAGACCACGUCUUUGAUCGCCGGACACUCGGGCGGCUCCGCUACAAACUGCAGGACGGUACGAGUGUGCAAGGGCAACAUGAGCUUCGGUUUCACUCUCCGAGGUCACGCUCCUGUGUGGAUCGAUUCAGUCAUCCCUGGGAGCGCAGCGGACAAGGCGGGCCUAAAACCGGGAGACCGCAUCAUGUUUCUCAACGGACUGGAUAUGAGGACCUCCUCCCACGAGAAGGUGGUGUCCAUGCUGCAGGGAAGCGGCGCCGUGCCCACCCUGGUGGUGGAGGACGGCCCGCCCUGCUUGGACACGUCGGAGCGGGACGUUCCCCCGGAUCGCGCUCGCUCCCCGGCGCUCAGCUCCCUGCAGUGGGUUGCCGAGAUCCUUCCGCCGAGCAUCCGAGUCCAGGGCCGCACCUUCGGGCAGCAGCUGGAGCACCUGCUGACCAUCCAAGAGAGAUACACCAUCUGCAAAGCUCUGGAGAACUUCUUUCAGCACAGGAACGUGGACACGCUGAUCGUGGACGUCUUCCCGGUGCUUGAUACGCCGGCCAAACAGGUGAUCUGGCAGUUUGUUUACCAGCUGCUGACGUAUGAAGAGCAAGAACACUGCCAGGACAAAAUUUCCCGCUUUCUAGGAUUCAAAGCGCCAGUUCCCUCCGCUCCUCAAGAGCCCGCCGAGGUGGCCCCCGAGCCCCAUCGCCGUAGCAGCUCCGUGAGGGUGACGGGCACCGCGUACAGGAGCAGUGUGAGGGGCCGGAGCUCAGAUGACCUGAUCAUUGGCACGCACUUGGGCAUGGGUUUCCGUGCAGACUCGCUAUUGGAGGCAGGAAUGAGGUUAACUCCAGGAGAAAGACAGUCUGGGGAUGGUACCUCGCUCCCCGAGACUCCAAACAACCUCACAAAUCUAUCGGCCGUGUACGCCGAACUGGAGAACAUGUACUCGGCCAAGAGGUCCAAGUCCCUGAAGACCCGCGCUCCUCCCGCCCCUGAGACUUUGCUGGAUAUGGAAGUUGGCCCGGCCUCGCGCGCCGCUUCCCCAACGUCGCCCGCUAUUGCAGGUGGCGGUAAAGGCCCUCCGCCUGCUCUAACCUGGCCAGAACCUCUCCCGAGUCCCCCGCCUUCCCAGAUGUACCCAUCAGCCCUGACGAGUCAGAACAGCGGGGAAUCCAACCCCUACAUGAGCCUGGACAGCCCGUCGGCAUCCCCGCCGGAAUAUCCCUCGAGUCCUCCGCCGCCGCGUGCCGGCAAACGUCGAUAUACUUUCUCCAAGCCGCCGCGGUCCGAAGACACAGAUCGUUUUCUGGACGCGCUGAGCGAGCAGCUGGGCCAGCGAGUUGCAAUAGUGGAUGACUUCCUGACGCCUGAAAAUGACUACGAAGAGGAUGUUUGUCAGAUGGCGUUGGCAGACGAUGAUGAUGAUGAUGAUGAUGAUAACGAUGAAGAGUUAGGGGCGGACGAAGAAGAAAGCGGAGGAUUUGCGGGUCCGGAGCUGAGCAGCCCGAGUGACAUCCAGAGUAGCAGCGGGGACGAUAACGCUUCCUCCCUCACCUAUUCCUCCUCUUCUGACCACAUCCCUCCACCGCCCAUGAGCCCUCCUCCGCCUCCGCCCGUUCAGUUCGACGAUUUGCCGGCUCCUCCGCCGCCUCCGUCUGCUCCCCCUCAAGCGCAAGGACUGCUUAGCUACACCCCUGAACACUCGCCAAGAGCUUACGUGCCCAUCCGCCGGAAAUCCGGACCGCCUCCCCCGCCUCCGCCCCGCGGCGAUCCGCCCCCCAAACGACACUCCUUGCAUAAAGUUCUUCCCGCGAAAGAGGAGCUACAGGUCCAGGCUGCCGUAAAAGAGCUGAAGGCCUAUCAAGAGCAGCAGUCUUACCGGAGAAGACCCUCCUAUGAGGAGCGACAAGCGUACGAAGAGCUGAUGGCCUUUGAGGAACAGAGGGCUUUCCAGGAGCAGCAGUCUUAUCAGGAGCAAAUGUUCAAGGAGAGACAAGCCUACGAGGAGCAAAAGGUUUUCCAGGAGCUGAAAGCGUUUGAAGAGCAAAUGCUGAAGGAACAAAAAGCCUUCCAAGAAAGACAAGAGCAAGCCUUCCAGGAACAAGAGGCUUACGAGGAGCAACUGAUGCAACAGAUCUACCAGAGCCACCACUCCAUGCCAACCCAGCCCACCCAGCAGAAAGCCCACUCGCCAUUGCCGCCGCUCCAGCAGCUCCACCAGUCCCUACCGCUGCUCCCCGCGCCAGAAUUCCUCAAUCACUCUAGUCAUCCUGUUUAUGCGAUGCGAGAAACGCAACAGCAGCAGCUGCCGCUGCCGCCUCACCAGGGCCACUACCACCCACGCCUGUCCCGUUCGGCCCCGCCUCCGCAUCGCCCGCCGCCUCUCCCCACGGUCGACCCGUGUGAGCAGUAUUACGAGGGCGUUUACCAAGGCCACCAAAGCCCCGGGUCCCAGGCUCACCAUUCUUCGGCCGAGAUGCUCCACCGUCCCUCGGCCGAGGCGCUCCUCCGGUUGCGACGGGCGCAGCAGGUCCACCAAGGGGAGAUGUUUCAGCAACCCGCCACCCAUUAUUCGUCGGCGGAAAUCUUCCCCCAAAUAGAGCAGUCCAAGAUGCACUGUUGCUCAAGUGAACUCCUCCAUCAAGCUCACCAAAUGUUGCAGAGACCGCCUCACCACUCGUCCACAGAACUUCUCCACCACCACUCGCCUACCGACCCGCUCCAUCAGCUCCGCCGCUCCUCCGCCGAGCUUCUACACCAGUCCCAUCAAACGCACCGGGAGAAACCCCGUCAUCACUCCUCGACCGAGCUGCUGCAUCAAAUCCAGCGAGAGGCGACCUCGCAAAUGAACCGGGAUGGCCAGAGCCGCAGGAGUCUUAAAAGUCAGAGCCAAGCGUCUUCACAAGGGCAGACGCCCGUCAAGCCGUCCCCCCAGAGGCCCCGUUCAAUUCAGCAGGCUCAGCGGCACUCGGGAACCCCUCGCAUUCACCAUAUCCACCAUAUGACCCCGCAACCUCUACCGCAGGACUACCGCCACCAGAUUCACGUGAUCCAUCCGCCCCAGCGACCCCAGAGAUCCCAGCCGCUCCUGUCGACGUUCCAGCCUCUGCGCCCCCCCGCGCCGUCCGCCGCCCAAACCGCCCGCCCCCAUUCCCAACCGUCCCAGCACUUGAUGCGGUCACAGCACGAGCCGGCGGCGAGUCCCCAGCCACGGUCGCUCCCCCAUUCUCUAUCCGACCCCGCGGAACACCGGGAGCCUCCGCCGGCGCCGCCGCUGCCUCCUCCCUGCUCUCCACCGCCCUUACCCAGGCCCACGCUCUCCAGAAUGGACUCUCAUCACUUGAGCGUCAAGAGGUUGCGCUGGGAGCAGGUGGAAAACUCGGAAGGCACCAUCUGGGGCCAGUUGGGCGCAAAUUCCGACCGCGAGAAACUGCAUGACAUGGUGAAGUAUUUGGAUCUGGAAAUGCACUUUGGGACACAGAAGGGAUCCCCGCUGGCUCCGGAGCCCUUACCGCAACUAGAAACAUUUAAGAAAAAGGACGUGAUUGAAAUUCUGUCCCAUAAGAAGGCCUACAAUGCAUCCAUUUUGAUAGCCCACCUGAAGCUGUCCCCCGGUGAGCUGCGUCAGGCGCUGAUGUGCACGAGCUCCGACAAACUAGAGCCGUCUCACAUCCAGCAGCUGCUGCUGUACGCCCCCGACGCAGAAGAGGUCCAAAAAUAUCAAGAGUACAGAGAUGACCCCGGUAAACUCAGCGAGCCGGACCAGUUUGUACUGCAGAUGUUGUCAGUGCCUGAGUACAAGACACGCCUGGAAAGCCUCUUGUUCAAGUGCUCUCUGCAGGAGAAGACGGAGGAGCUGAGGGGAGCCUACCAAUGCAUUAGCAAGGCCUCCUUGGAGCUGAAGAGCAGCAAGAAACUUGCCAAGAUUUUAGAGUUUGUGUUAGCCAUGGGCAACUACUUGAAUAACAGCCUGCCUAAAGCCAACAAGACGACCGGCUUCAAGAUCAACUUCCUGACAGAGUUGAGUACAACAAAGACAGUGGACGGGAAGUCCACAUUCCUGCACAUUCUUGUCAAGUCAUUGUGCCAUCACUUUCCCCAUGUGCUGGAUUUUUCUAAAGAUCUCACCAUGGUUCCGCUGGCAGCCAAAGUCAACCAGAGGACCGUCGCAUCGGAUGUGAAGGACCUCCACAGAAGCAUCCAGAACAUCCGCGCAGCCUGUCAGAAAAUGCCCGCGACGGCUGAGGACCGCUUCGCCACUGUCAUGAGUACUUUUUUGGAAAACAGCCAUCCGUCGGUGCAGUCUCUGGAGUCUCUCCAGCAGAGCUCCAUGGAAGAGUUUUCCGCAACGGCCUCCUACUUCGGCGAGGACGGCAAAAGCACCGACACGGAGGCCUUCUUCGGCAUAUUUGCCGAGUUCAUCGACAAGUUUGAGAGAGUUCUCAGUGAUCAGCAGGCGGCCGAGAAGAGUCCCAGAAGUCCUCGAUUGGCCUCCCCGCUAGGCUGGUAG